AUGCUUCCAGGCCAGUCCCUCACAGACAAACUUUACAACAUUUGGAUUCGCCUUCAGAGCCACGUCAAUAUUGUGUUUGAUAGUGAGAUGGACAAAUUAAUGAUGGAAAAAUACCCUGGCAUUAGACAGGUGUUUGCCACAAAACUUACCUACCCUCAGCCAGUUACCCCCUGGAACGUUCAGGAACUGAGGCAAGCAGUCAUCAACGGCCCCAAUGUGCACCCGGGAGCUUCCAUGGUCAUCAACGAGGAUGGCAGUCGCACGGCCUUGAGUGCCGUGGACCUAACCCAGCGGGAAGCCGUAGCCAAACAGCUCCUGACACCAGCCACAGGGGCACCAAAGCCCCAAGGCACAAAAAUUGUGUGCCGGCAUGUGAAAAACGGGGACAUCCUCCUACUGAACCGACAGCCCACCCUGCACAGACCAUCCAUCCAGGCACAUCACGCCCGCAUCCUACCCGAAGAGAAAGUCUUACGGCUCCACUAUGCCAACUGCAAGGCCUAUAACGCUGACUUCGAUGGAGACGAGAUGAACGCCCACUUCCCCCAGAGUGAGCUGGGCCGGGCCGAGGCCUACGUCUUGGCCUGCACGGAUCAGCAGUACCUUGUUCCCAAGGAUGGCCAGCCUUUGGCAGGGUUGAUCCAAGAUCACAUGGUUUCGGGUGCAAACAUGACCAUUCGAGGUUGCUUUUUCACCCGGGAGCAGUAUAUGGAACUGGUGUACCGAGGACUCACAGACAAAGUGGGGCGCGUGAAGCUCUUUCCUCCUGCCAUCCUGAAGCCUUGCCCACUGUGGACAGGAAAACAGGUUGUGUCAACGCUGCUCAUAAACAUCAUCCCAGAGGAGCACAUCCCACUGAAUUUAUUGGGGAAGGCAAAGAUCAGCUGGAAAGCCUGGGUGAAGGAGUCUCCUCGGCCUGUCCCCGGUUUUAAUCCAGACUCCAUGUGCGAGUCCCAGGUGAUCAUCAGGCACGGGGAGCUGCUCUGUGGGGUACUGGACAAAGCACACUAUGGCAGCUCCACCUACGGCCUGGUUCACUGCUGCUAUGAGAUCUACGGAGGGGAGACCAGUGGCAAGAUUCUGACCUGCCUGGCCCGCCUCUUCACUGCCUACCUGCAGCUCUACAGAGGCUUUACCUUGGGCGUGGAAGAUAUUUUGGUUAAGCCAGAGGCGGAUGUCAAGAGACACAGGAUCAUUGACGAGUCCAUCCACUGCGGGUCCCGGGCUGUCAGGGCUGCGUUAAACCUGCCAGAAACGGCGUCAUAUGAUGAGAUCCGAGGGAAAUGGCAGGAUGCCCAUCUGAGCAAAGACCAGAGGGAUUUUAACAUGAUCGAUCUCAAGUUCAAGGAGGAAGUGAACCAUUACAGUAAUGAGAUUAACAAGGCAUGCAUGCCUUUUGGCCUGCACAGACAGUUCCCAGAGAACAACUUGCAGAUGAUGGUGCAGUCUGGCUCCAAAGGGUCAACCGUGAACACCAUGCAGAUCUCGUGCCUGCUGGGCCAGAUUGAAUUGGAAGGUCUGAGACCCCCUCUAAUGGCAUCUGGCAAGUCACUGCCCUGCUUCGAGCCUUAUGAAUUCACCCCCAGGUCUGGCGGCUUCGUCACUGGCAGAUUCCUCACUGGCAUCAAGCCUCCUGAGUUCUUCUUUCACUGCAUGGCAGGGCGAGAGGGUCUGGUCGACACUGCUGUGAAAACCAGCCGCUCCGGCUACCUCCAAAGGUGCAUCAUCAAGCACCUGGAGGGGCUGGUCGUCCAGUAUGAUCUCACCGUUCGCGACAGCGACGGCAGUGUGGUGCAGUUCCUGUACGGGGAGGACGGCCUGGACGUCCCCAAGACGCAGUUCCUGCAGCCCAAGCAGUUCCCCUUCCUCGCCAGCAACUACGAGGUAAUAAUGAAAUCGAAGCAUCUCCAUGAAGUUUUAUCCAGAGCAGAUCCCCAAAAAGCUCUUCGCCACUUCAGAGGCAUCAAAAAAUGGCAGAGCAAGCAUUCUAACGCUUUGCCAAGGAAGGGUGCCUUCUUGAGUUAUUCCCAGAAAGUUCAGGCAGCUGUGAAGGCCUUGAACCUCCAGGACACCAGCCAGCACGGCCGCAGCCCUGGGACUCACCAGAUUUUGAGGAUGUGGGAGGAGUUAGAUGAGCAGAGCCGAAGGAAGUACCAGAAGAAGGCGGCCCCUUGUCCUGACCCCAGCCUGUCUGUGUGGCGCCCAGACAUCUACUUUGCAUCGGUGUCAGAAACAUUUGAAAAAAAGAUGGACGACUAUAGUUGUGAGUGGGCAUCUCAAGCAGAGAAGAGUUACGAGAAAUCGAAGCUCUCUCUCGACAGUCUCAGGACCCUGCUGCAGCUGAAGUGGCAGCGCUCACUGUGUGAGCCAGGUGAGGCGGUGGGCCUGCUGGCUGCCCAGAGCAUCGGGGAGCCCUCCACACAGAUGACCCUGAACACCUUCCACUUUGCCGGCAGAGGCGAGAUGAACGUCACCCUGGGCAUUCCGAGGUUGAGGGAGAUUCUCAUGGUGGCCAGCGCCAACAUCAAGACACCCACGAUGAGUGUGCCCGUGCUCAACACCAAGAAAGCACUGAAGCGAGUGAAAAGCCUGAAGAGGCGGCUCACCAGGGUGUGCUUAGGGGAGGUGUUGCACAAAAUUGAUGUCCAGGAGUCCUUCAGUAUGGGAGUAAAACAGAACAAGUUUCGGGUGUACCAGCUGCGGUUUCAGUUUCUGCCACAUGCAUAUUAUCAGCAAGAGAAGUUCCUGAAACCUGAGGACAUCCUGCACUUCAUGGAAACAAGAUUCUUUAAAAUUCUGAUGGAAGCCAUCAGAAAGAAGAAUAACAAAGCAUCAGCCUUCAGAAGCGUGAACACUCGAAGAGCUACCCAACGGGAUGUAGACAACACUGGAGAGUCGGAGAGGAAUCAGCAGGAAGGGCGGGAAGGCGAUGAGGAAGAGGAGGGGCAUGUCGUGGACGCCGAAGCUGAGGAGGGAGAUGCUGAUGCCUCUGACGUCAAACGCAAGGAGCAGCAGGAGGAGGAGGUCGACUAUGAGAGUGAGGAAGAGGAGGAGAAGGCGGGGGACGACAACGACGAGGAGGAUGCGCAGGAGGAAGGAAGUGUCCCUGCGGAAGGCGCUCCCAGGGCUCAGGAGCAGGAUGAAGACGUGGGCGCGGGCCCCGAGGAGGACUCGCCCCCCAUCGCACCCCCGAGACAGUCCCGGAAACCCAGCUGCAGCCAGGAGCCCCAGGGAGCCGAGGCCGUGGAGCGCCGGGUGCAGGCCGUGCGUGACUCCCACCCGUUCAUCGAGGACUACCAGUAUGACACCGAGGAGAGCCUGUGGUGCCAGGUGACAGUGAAGCUCCCUCUGAUGAAGAUUAACUGUGACAUGAGCUCCCUGGUGGUGUCUUUGGCUCACACUGCUGUCAUCUACGCAACCAAGGGCAUCACGAGGUGCCUCCUGAAUGAAACCACCACCAACAGGAACGAGAAGGAGCUUGUCUUAAACACAGAAGGAAUCAACCUGCCAGAGCUAUUCAAGUAUGCCGAGAUUCUGGAUUUGCGCCGCCUCUAUUCCAACGAUAUCCAUGCGAUGGCCAGCACGUACGGCAUCGAGGCCGCGCUGCGGGUGAUCGAGAGGGAGAUCAAGGACGUGUUUGCCGUGUACGGCAUUGCAGUCGAUCCCCGCCAUCUCUCCCUGGUCGCCGACUACAUGUGCUUCGAGGGUGUUUACAAGCCGCUGAACCGCUUUGGGAUCCAGUCAAACUCGUCCCCUCUGCAGCAGAUGACAUUUGAAACCAGCUUCCAGUUCCUGAAGCAGGCCACCAUGAUGGGAUCCCAUGACGAGCUGAGGUCGCCUUCAGCCUGCCUCGUGGUUGGGAAGGUCGUCAGGGGUGGGACAGGCCUGUUCGACCUCAAGCAGCCCCUGAGAUAGUGGCUACCACAGCACCGUCUGCCUGGCCUGGCCUGGAGGAGGGCCCAGAGGACCCGAUUGAGGGCCUAGCCUGGCCUGACCUGCCUUUCACACGAGAGGACUAGGAGACCAGAAUCCCAGGCAGUUCAAAGGGACGAUGCAGAGCGCAGCAGUGACUUGGGGGUUCUAAAAAGCAGCUGGCCUUGGGGCUGGACCAGCUGCACUGGGGAAGUGGUUGCAUUGCUCACCCUUUUGCCCUCUGUCAUCUCAGGGCAUAAACAAGGUUCACCAAGUGCCCCGAAUCCCUGGGGGAGGUGGGGGGACAGGGCCUUCCCCUGUGCUGCGGCGGCCACAGAGGCACAUCCUCGGCCCCUGCAGGGUAGGGAGGUGAGGGCCUGUUGCUGUGAGCAGCCAGGGACUGGGCACUUGAGCAGGAACAAGGAGGCUGCUGCCCCACAGCCUGGUCUUCCUGCUGCUGCUGCCCCUGGGGACACAGUUCCCAAAGGCUCUCCACCCCAGGCUCUCUCCCUGGGCCAAGCACAGGGUGGCACACACCUCUACCCACCCAGCUUCUGUGCCUGGGGCAGCGCCCUGGCCCUGCUGGCAUGUGGCCACAUGUCCUUCGAGACCAUAUCAGCCCUGAGUCUGGGGCCGGUCUCUCCAGGGCCCCCGCAGCUCACCCCCACACAUAAAACCCCAAGUCGCCAGCCAGGCUUCUGUUUGAACGAGUUGUUGUCUGUUUUUCCCUGGCUCUGCCUUGAGCCCAGCGUUGAGGCCCAUGUCCCUCUCUGCAGGCCCUGUUCUGCCCGAGGUCGUCCGGCCUUCCUUGACCUCUGGCACCACAACAAGGGGCCCUGGCAUGAACAGAAAAGUCAGAGGACUUGUACAAAGGCAUUGUAAAACCAGAGGCUGUUUCUAUUUUUGUCUAGUGUUAUUCCAGCUCAGGCUGAGUAAUAAAUAUCACUGAAACUA